AUGGCUGGCGAUCCUCCUCCAGGCGUCGGCAGUAAGACGACUGCUUGGAACUACUACUACUACGACUACUAUGUAGGUGGCACUGCUGUAGGCAGGCUGCGAUCGUGCCGACCCAGCCAGCCAAGGCCAAAGUGCGGUCCUAUUAUCCUCGACCUGCUUUUGCCUUGCAUUGCCGUGGUCGCAAUGCAUGCUGCUGCAACUAGCAACGUCCAAAGAAAGGCAGGUCGAAAUGCGCUAAUGCUCGAGCCUCCAUGGCGUCUUAUCCCGUCUGAGGUAAAUCUUUUGGGGGCCAGAGCGGGAACAGAAAGCGUCAGCACUCCAUCAAAUGUCAUUGCUGAUGCGCGGCUAGUACAUGCACGUUCGUGCGAACUACCCGAAAUGUCCAUCCAGCUCCAAGUUAUCAUCCGAUCAACCGCCUUCAAGAGAGACAGCGGCACGGCGACGGGCCCCAGGCCUCCCCUUCUCGCCAUUUGUGCAGAGUGCUACAGUACAGUAUUAGGUACUAUCUAUUACUCCUAG